AUGGAGAUAGCCUUGGUGAGCUUUGAGAACGGCGGCGCCAAAGGGAGCGGUGGAGGAGGAGGAGUUGGAGGAGGUGGAGGCAACAAUGCCGAGGAGAGCUGCCGGAACGCGCUGGAUGUCCCUCAGCCGGGCUUCGUUCAAGGCGGGCGGGGAGAGGACUACAGCAAGGAGCUGAACACCCGGUGCGGCUCGCUGCCGCCGCACAGCCCCUGGAAGAUCAAUGACAUGAACAACACUCUGAGCUGCAGCGAGAACGCCAUGGAUGCGCUUUUACGCGCGGACCACAGUCCCCACCUGUUCGACGAGGACAUGCUGGACAUGGACAUGGAUACGGAGAGCAACGAGAGGGUGCUCAUCAACAUCGCGGGUCUGAGGUACGAGACCCAGCUGGGUACCCUCAACCAGUUCCCUGAGACUUUAUUGGGAGACCCCGCUAAAAGGAUCAAGUACUUCGACCCGCUCCGGAACGAGUACUUCUUCGACCGAAACCGGCCGAGUUUCGACGGGAUUCUGUAUUUUUAUCAGUCCGGAGGAAAGAUCCGGAGACCCGUCAACGUGUCCAUAGACGUGUUUGCGGACGAGAUCCGGUUCUACCAGCUGGGGGAGGAGGCCAUGGACCGGUUCCGCGAGGAUGAGGGCUUCAUUAAAGAAGAGGAGAAGCCGCUGCCGCAGAACGAGUUCCAGAAGCAGGUCUGGCUCAUCUUCGAGUACCCCGAGAGCUCCAGCCCGGCCCGGGGCAUCGCCAUCGUGUCCGUGAUCGUCAUCACCAUAUCCAUCAUCACCUUCUGCCUGGAAACGCUGCCGGAAUUCAGGGAUGAGAGGGAGCUGGCGGUCACCAGCCGUCUGGACAACAGCACGGCGCCCCGGCCGUCGCUCACCUUCACCGACCCCUUCUUCAUCAUCGAGACCACGUGCGUCAUCUGGUUCACCUUCGAGCUCAUCGUGCGCUUUUUCGCGUGCCCCAGCAAGUCCGAGUUCUCCAAGACCAUCAUGAACAUCAUCGACAUCAUGUCCAUCAUGCCUUACUUCAUCACCGUGGGCACGGAGCUGGCGGAGCAACAGGGCCAGGAGCACCAGAACGGUCAACAGGCCAUGUCUCUAGCCAUCCUAAGGGUCAUCCGCCUGGUCCGGGUCUUCCGCAUCUUCAAGCUGUCCCGACACUCCAAAGGGCUGCAGAUCCUGGGCCAGACUCUGAAGGCCAGCAUGCGCGAGCUUGGCCUGCUCAUCUUCUUUCUCUUCAUCGGGGUCAUCCUCUUCUCCAGCGCCGUGUACUUCGCCGAAGCUGACGAGCCAGAGUCCCACUUCUCCAGCAUCCCCGACGCCUUCUGGUGGGCAGUAGUCACCAUGACGACCGUGGGUUACGGUGACAUGAGGCCCGUGACAGUCGGGGGGAAGAUCGUGGGCUCUCUGUGCGCCAUCGCCGGCGUGCUGACCAUCGCGCUGCCGGUGCCCGUCAUCGUGUCCAACUUCAACUACUUCUACCACCGGGAGACGGACCAGGAUCAGUCCUCCCUGAAGGACGAGCCCAACAGCGGCAGAGAGAGCCCGGAGCUUAAGCGCAACGGCAGCAAAGCGUCCGUGAAGUCUCAGGACGUGGAGAACAACGAGGCGGGCGCUUCGGUGGAGAAAACGAACAUCAAAGCAAACAGCAGCGUGGACUUCAAGAGAUCCCUUUACGCGUUCUGUCUGGACACGCGGGAGACGGACCUGUAGCCGUGCACGAGCACACCCGGGCUUAAAGCAGAAACAGUCGUGUAGAAUAAACCCCGUUAAUGGGCUCUUAAGUCUUUGCACAUUGCAGUUGGAGGAUCAACACAUUGCAAUCCUGAAAAGUUUUAAGAGGGUUGGUUUAUAAAAAGCACACUUUAA